GCCGAAUAUGCGGCGGUGAAGCGGCAGGCCGGUAAACAGCGGCCCGUCCUGGCCGCGGGCUCGCCCAGGAGGCGCCAUGGCGGCGGGGGGCCUGGCGGGGCUCCUGCCCGCCCAGACCCAGCUGGAGUACGCCCUGCUCGACGCCGAUACUCCCCAGGAGAAGGAGAACUUGGUCUACCAGUACCUGAAGAAGAUGGACAGCCGGGAGCGGGACCUAACGGUGCCCGAGCUCGGCGGAGAUCUACAGUGGUUAAACACUGAAGGUCCUAUUUCUCUUCACAAAGACCUUUGUGGAAAAGUUGUGGUGUUGGAUUUCUUUACUUACUGCUGCAUCAAUUGCUUGCACCUGCUGCCUGAUCUCCACGCGUUAGAGCACCAGUACUCUGAUAAAGAUGGUCUUAUUAUUGUUGGUGUCCAUUCAGCGAAAUUCCCAAAUGAAAAAGUUCUGGAUAACAUUAAAUGUGCCAUUCUGAGGUAUAAUAUUGUCCACCCUGUAGUAAAUGAUGCAGAUGCAACGCUGUGGCAUGAACUAGAAGUGUCCUGCUGGCCAACUCUGAUCAUUCUCGGGCCUCGUGGAAAUAUGCUGUUUUCGCUUGUUGGAGAGGGACACAGAGAGAAGUUGUUUUUGUUUACUUCUAUAACACUGAAAUUCUACAAGGAGAGAGGACAAAUCAAAGAUAACAGCAUUGGAAUAAAGCUAUACAGAGACUCCCUCCCACCUUCUCCUCUGCUGUUUCCUGGCAAAGUGACUGUAGAUAAUUCAGGAGAAAGGCUGGUAAUAGCAGACACUGGACAUCAUAGGAUUUUGGUUACUCAAAAAAAUGGACAAAUUCUACACACUAUUGGAGGUCCAAACAGUGGAAGGAGAGAUGGAAGAUUUUCAGAGGCAGCUUUCAACUCACCACAAGGGAUUGCUGUAAAAAAUAAAGUUAUUUAUGUAGCUGAUACAGAAAAUCACCUAAUUAGAAAGAUUGACUUGGAAUUAGAGAUGGUGACCACUGUAGCAGGCAUUGGGAUACAAGGUGUUGAUAAGGAAGGUGGAGCAAAAGGAGAAGAACAGCCUAUCAGCUCUCCAUGGGAUGUGGUCUUUGGAAAUUCAAUUUCAGGGACCCAGGAAGACGAUAUUUUGUGGAUAGCAAUGGCAGGCACUCAUCAGGUAUGGGCACUGAUGUUGGAAGGUGGAAGACUACCAAAGGGAAGUGAUUUAAAGAAAGGAGUCUGCCUUCGAUUCGCUGGGAGUGGAAAUGAAGAGAACAGAAACAACGCAUACCCACAUAAGGCAGGCUUUGCACAGCCUUCAGGUCUCUCUCUGGCUUCCGAGGAACCAUGGAACUGCCUUUUUGUAGCGGAUAGCGAGAGCAGCACCGUGCGAACCAUCUCUUUGAAAGACGGAGCAGUGAAGCACCUUGUAGGAGGAGAGAGAGAUCCACUGAAUUUGUUUGCCUUCGGUGAUGUCGAUGGAGCAGGCAUAAAUGCAAAGCUGCAGCAUCCCUUAGGAGUGACGUGGGACAAGAAAAGGAAACUACUCUAUGUGGCAGACUCCUAUAAUCAUAAGAUUAAGGUUGUAGAUCCCAAGAUGAAGAACUGUGCUACCCUGGCAGGCACAGGAGAAGCAAGCAAUGUUAUUGGUUCCAGCUUUACACAGUCAACUUUUAAUGAACCAGGAGGUUUGUGUGUUGAAGAAAAUGGCCACUUGAUGUAUGUUGCAGACACAAAUAAUCAUCAGAUUAAAGUGCUGGAUUUGGACACAAAAAUUCUUUCCAUGUUGCCUAUCCUGAAUCCAGAAGCAUGUGAUGUUCCAGAUAACCUGCCUGUGCAAAAGGAUAAAAUAGCAAGCCUUCCAAAACUGCCUAAAUCUGCACCAAACGUUCAACUUCCUUCACUAACUGUAGCUCCUGGCCAGACAAUUCAGUUUUUAUUAAAGUUGACUCUUCCUCCAGAUUCAAAACUGAAUGAAGAAGCACCCAAUUCCUGGUUUAUCACAGCAGAAGAAAAUACCUGGUUGCUUCAAGGACAGUGUCUGUCUGGAGAAAUAAAGGAUGUUUUCUGUCAAACUGUCAUUCCCUUUCAGUUACCCAGGAGCUGUCUGUCAGCUGAAGCUAUCCUGGCUGUCAAAGCGUGCCUCUACUAUUGCAGCAAAGGUAGCAGUGCCUGUAUGAUGAAAGGAAUCUCAUUCAGUCAGCCUUUACAGAUAGCAAGUACAAACCAAGACAGCUUGACUCAAGUUGAACUGAUACACGCGUUUUUAACCAACUAA